AUGAUCGAAGACCUUUUAUAUUUUAAUUUUAACGAUUCUGACACAUUCUAUAAUUUGACCAAUUAUGAUGUUCAAGAUCCAUCAUUUAAAAUAUUUUCACCAGCACCGUUACCAUCUCAAUCAUCACAUCCAUAUCCUGUACAAUUAAAUAUCGCAUUUGCCAUUACUGGUACAUUUAUAUCGUUACUUACCAUAUGUGGUAAUGUACUGGUACUUGUUUCAUUUUUUGUCGAUCGACAAAUACGCCAUCCAACAAAUUAUUUUAUAUUCUCAUUGGCUGUUAGCGAUUUCUUAAUCGGUUUUAUAUCCAUGCCAUUUUUAACGUUAGCUAUCUAUAAAAAUAAAUGGGUGCUUGGAUCAUUCUUAUGUGACAUAUGGUUAUCAUUAGAUUACACUGUAUGUUUAGCAUCUAUUUAUACGGUACUGCUAAUAACUGUUGAUCGUUUUUGUUCGGUGAAAAUACCAACGAAGUAUCGAAAUUGGAGAACAAAAAAGCGAAUUGUUUAUUUGGUGCUUUUAACAUGGAUUGUUCCAGCGGUUAUUUUUUUUGCUUCAACAAUGGGUUAUCCGAUAUUUAGUAAGAAACCAAAUUUAAGUGUAAUGGAUCUUCAAUGCGAUGUUCAAUGGAAUAAAAAUCCUUAUUUCAAUCUAGGUUUAACUGUUGGUUAUUUUUGGGUCACAUUAUUAGUGAUGUUCAUACUUUAUUUUUUUAUUUAUCAAGUCGCGAGUGCGCUUGAAAGACGUUCAAUGCAAAAUGCAAAAAAAAUCUCUACUCUUAUUGGCAUACCAUCAUCAACAAUGACAAAUCUCGUCAUAAAUAUGUCAAAAAAUCAAACAACAGUUGUUUCCUCAUCUGCAACAUCGAAGAAAAAAAAACCGAGGCACUCGAGUCCGUCGACACCAUCAAAACAAAAGACAACUGUUGAAGAUGACCUAGGAAGUUCAACAGGUAACAAUAAUAAUAACAACAAUCAUCAUCAUCAUAAGCAGCAUGCACCUGAGACUACGAAUCGAUCAUCAUCAAAUGAAACUAGUGGUGAACAUACACCAGAAGCUGUCGUUGCACCAAAUAUAACUAAUUUACUGGCACUUACUAAAGCUGGCAUAGAAUCACACAAACAACUAGAUGAAAGUCAAACACUUCUGCCGAAUACACAAAGUAAGAGCUCAACCAUAUCAGUUAGAAUAGUCAAUCCAAAAACGUCUGCAAGAAAUGGUAGCAACAAUAAAGCAAGAAAAGCAUUGCGUACAAUAACCGUUAUCAUGGGAGCGUUUGUUCUCUGUUGGACACCGUGGCAUAUUCAUACAAUUAUUCAAACAUUUUGUCAAACAUGUCGUGAAAGUAUUGUGUUUAACACAUACCUCUAUCACGCUUGCUAUUAUCUUUGCUACCUAAAUAGUCCAAUUAAUCCAUUUUGUUAUGCACUUGCCAAUCGACAAUUUAAAAAAACUUAUACACGUUUAUUACGAUGCGACUUUCGAAAAUUAUAA